AUGGGUAAAAGUUUAAACAAUUAAUUUAAUAAUCAACAAAACAAAUUCAUUUAAUUUUAGAAUCCUGAUUUUUUUGAAAACCAAUAAUAGUCAAUGAAAUUUAAAGUAUUAUAAUAUGCCCUUGCGAUCUGCAGUAUAGUUUGGAUUAUAUUAGAUGCUAUUUAUGGUGAAUAAUUUUUUAAGUGGAAUUACUCAUUUGCUUAUUCGAUGCAAAAUGGAGAUUCUGAUCCUUCUCUUCCAAAAUAUAAAAUAUUUACAAUUAUUUCUUAUCUAGGACAGGAAGAGCUAAUCGCUAUCUUUGUUUUAUUCGGAUUUAUAUUUUUUGCAAACAAGAUUUAGGCUCUUAAAAUCUUAAUAGGAACUAUGAUUACAGUCUAUUUAAUAUGUCUUCUCAAGUUAUGGUAUAAAGAUCCACGUCCCUAUUUUGUUUACCCUGAUUUGCAGGGUAUAGGAUGUGAUCCUGAAUUUGGUAAACCAUCAGGCCAUGCUUUCAUAACAUCUGUUUUAUUUUAUUUGAUGUUUGAUUCGUUUGUUAAUAAAAAAAUAAUCAACCCUACUAAUGCCUAAAUAGAUGAUUAAUAAAUAUAUAAAGAAACUAAAGUUGUUGAUAUUGAGAUGAUACCACAAGAUUCCAAUAAUUCUCCACAAUUGUAAGGCCAGAGUUUAGGAAGCAAGAAAAUUGUAUAUUAAGAAAGAUUUCUAAACAGCUUUAUAUACUUUCCAAUAUAUCUGAUUUUAAUUUUCCUUGUAGGAUUUGCAAGAGUUAUUUUAGGUGUACACUCUUUUAACUAAGUUUUACUUGGAUGGGCUUAUAGUUUAUUAUAUAUUUUAUUUUAUAGAUUAAAAUUGGAAAUAUUUAUUGAGAACAGCCUCUAAGUAGUUAUUGAAAAAAAAUUUAAUAAUGACAAAUAAAAACUUAAAUAUUUAUUUUUUAUCACAGUCAUUUAUAUUAUUUCGAUUGCUUUGGCAAUGAUCUUUUAUUAUAUAGCUGAUAAUUAGCUUACUUAAAACUAAAAAAAUGAAUACAAAGCUAACUUUAUGAGUCACUCAUAUUGUUAAGACUCUUUUGAUGCCCAUACAUUUUUAGCUGGAGAAUGUAUUUUAGACUGUGCUGUACUUUCUUUAAUUUAUGGAGUGUAUGUUAGCUGCAUUUCUCUAAAGGGAACAUACUAACCAGAAUUAUGGAACUAAAGCUACAAAAAUCUAAAGCUUUCUAAAAAAAUUAUAAGAGUAAUUAUAACUUUGGUCUUAGUUGCUAUUCCUUAUAUUUUAUUCUCCCUUUAUAAAAUUGAUAAUUAAUAUCUAUAUUUCCUUUUCAGAAGUAACUUGAAAUAUUUGUUCGUAGGAUUAUUUCUUAUUAGAUUACAACCUUUUGCAUUUAAGAUAACAAAACUAGAAAUCGAUGGUGAUUUGCUAAAACUCUUACCUAAUUCAAACUGA